UUCCCCAGGAAUCUGCUCAGUUACGACUUAGAAGCUCAUGCAAGAAGAACAAUAAAGUUGUGUGUAUUUAUCGUUAAACCCACGAAACAUGAGAACCGUGUUGGCUACAAGUUUCUUCAUUGCUUUGGUCAGCUCCCUUGGGCAAGUCGAAGGAGCCAUCAAGAAAGUCUCAAGUUCCGCAGAACUUCAGUCCGCACUUGAUGGAGCACGACCUGGGGACACCAUCCAACUGGCUAGUGGAGUUUACGAAGGGGAUUACGUGGCUUCUGGGGACGGGCCGGUGACGGUGACGGGCGACGCCAACUCCACAAUUGUCAGCGAAGGAACGGGGUUCACCCUUCGAGGCAACAAGUGGACUCUAAAAAGCAUCUACAUCAAAGAGGCAAAUAUCGCAGUACUUGUCGAGGGUAACGAGAACAACGUUGAACAUGUUGUCAUCCAAAAGGUGGGACAAGGAAUCGUCGUCAAAGGGCAACAUAAUAAAAUGAAGAGCGUCGUAAUCUCCGAGGCGUCAGGUGGGAUUAUCAUUGAGGCGGAUAACAACCAACUCUUCUACAACUCUGUAAAUAUACAAGCACCUUCAAUUACCCUGGAAGAAAAUACUUGUUGUGGAUUUUUGGACGGCAAUGUGGCAAAUGGACGAGUAGAUGUGAAGGGUUCGAAAUAUAAUUUCACGGGCAACGUAGCGAACCAUGGGAUGUACGUAACUGGAUGUGACAACUCAUUUUCGGGGAAUGUAGCCAAUGGGGCUAGCUUUCCAAAGGAAUGUGCCACACAUGAUCUCGGAGGAAAUGUUUACCGAGGGCUGGGACCCAAUGAUACUGAUCCACCUCAACCAGGUCAGCAACAACAGCAGUCACAAAACAACCACCAACAACAGCAGGGGAGUUAUCAACAACAGGGAAACAAUUACAAUCAGCACAAUGGCCAACAAAGUGGAGGGGGCCAGUCUUUCCCUGCAGCAGUGACUGGAAGUUCAGAGGGGAAAAUGCCCACUUGUACAUGCACUUGUGUUUAAUAAAACCUGCGUAAUAUUCUAGCAUUCCAACAGCGAAGAAGUUAUAAUAAAAUUUGCCAUAGUUUAACCUACGUAUAAAA